CUGGCUGAUGGACGACCAAAAUGGGCUCAGCUUGGAUUCUGGAGGAUCGGGUCCAAGCUACUUGGCGUUUCGCAGGGCCUCGUGCCGCACCUUCUCGUGCCCCGCGGGAACGACGUGGACGGCGACGAGGAGACAGAACGCUUCAGCCGCGACGGCGACGGUGACGGCGGCCUCCUGUUGCAGGUGCGCUGCUCCCAAUGAGGUUUCCAUUCGGAGCAAGGAACCUGACUUGGAAUGCAUGCGCUGUCCAGCAGGAAGAGCUCCCCAGGAUGACCGUUGCGACGCAUGCGCUUCAGGCUUUGCCCAAGCUGGUGCUGUGCGUUGUGAAGACUGCCCACCUGGAGAGGUUCCUCUACUUCCGAGCCGCACUGACUGCAGGGCGUGCGCUCCCGGCCAUUAUUCCGAUGGUGACAUGUGCCGGUCCUGCUCAUUUCCCCUUCUCGUGCUGGACAACACCUGUGUUUGGUGGCACCUCGUGUUGAUCAUCGGCUUGCUGGCCCUCUCCUCCGGCAUCAUCUUCCUCCUACACCACAUGGCCAAGAGGCAUCGACGGAAGCGAACAGAGACCCGCCAAGAGGAGGUCCGGCUGAACGAUCCAGCACAUGUUGAACAAGCGAAACCUUCACGAUUGCCAUGUGUAUACACGAUAUAACCGAGUUUCUUCAUGUUUUGGCCAUUCAUCAUUUUUUGGAUCCAUUUGUUCAUUUAUCUUUGCCAGUGUACAUCCACUAAACUGCGCAUGGAUGACUUCGUCGCGGCCAGCGCAUACACCGAGCCAUAACACCAUGAGGUGAGUCGGAUCCUUCAAGAGUUUGAGGAUGAGCUCUGGGAUGAGAAGCCCGAGACCCUGAACAGGCU